AUGCCGCCUACUCUCCUACAACAGGCAAAUGAAGAAUAUGACCAAUUGGUGAGCCAAGGAAUCGUUUCAUCAACAAACUCACCAUGGGCAUGCAAGGCAUUCUAUGUCAACAACCGUGCAGAACAAACUAGAGGCAAACUCAUAUUGGUCAUCGACUACAAGCCUCUAAACCAAUAUCUUCAGGACAUCAAAUUCUCAUUACCAAACAAUAUUUCCAAGGCCCUCCUACAACAUCUCCAAGGAGCGACAAUAUUUCCAAAGUUUGACCUAAAAUCGGGAUUCUGGCAACUGAGCGAUGCUAAGAAUCUUCAAGCCUCUCCUCAACACAGAAUUGAUAUACAUCGACGACAUACUCCUAUUCUCCUCAAAUUAAGAAGAUCAUAUUCGGUCCCUCAAAUGAUCAUAGCCCAGCCCAACAUCGAUUUUCUUGGAAUGCAAAUCACGAUGGGACAAGUCAAACCGCAAUCUCAUCUUGCUACAGCACUUCUUGAUUUUCCCGACGAAAAUCUAACAAGGAGACAAGUUCAACAAUUUCCCGGGGUCUUUUGGAGCAUUCUGGAGCAUAUGGGACAUGAGGAGCAUGGAGGGACUUGGCAUGGACGCAGCUCAACUGGAUACGCAAAGGAAGAAGGAGAAGCCAUCUUGAAGACCAGCUCGACCACCUACUCGACCAACCGGUCGAGUUCCUCAACUCGACCGGCCAAGCUUCAACUCGAUCGAGCUGAGAAGUCAAAGUCAAACCCGAAAAAUGUUGCUUCCCCCUUGACUUUCCUUUGA